GGGACGUCAACAACACAGGUUUAUCUCCCCCAGGGUGCACUUUGGCUCCUGGAGCGACAAGUCAACACAUUGCCACCGCUAUAUAAAGGGAGCAGGCUGGCCGAGGAACCGAUCUGUUGUUCUCAUCACACUUCCAGAAGGAAAUACAAUCCACCAUCAUAAUGAAGCUGUUGGUAGUUACUGUGCUGCUUGGACUCCUUGUUGUCAGUGCUGAAGGCUUCCGAAUGCCACGGCAGGUCGAGGAGGAGGAGCAGGGCCUACUCACCACGUUCACCAAUGGAAUCAAGUCCUACUACAGUGACGUGGUCAACACAGUCCACGACUACGUGGACACCGUCAAGGGCCUGAAGAUAGAGGAGAAAAUCAAGAAUCUUUAUACGGAAACCAGCACCAUUGUCAGCACCUACAGCGGCAUCUUUCAUGACCAGCUCUAUCACGUGUUUUACGCUCAGCAGUAAACAAGAAGAACUAAUGUGACGAAACAUCCACAGGGAAAAGCAAUUGCCAACAUGAAAAUGGACUAAACCGCUUGAAAAAAAAGCGCGCAGCCAGGAAAAACAGAGCAAAGAAAACAUUCCUUAGAGUGGCUUCAAAUGAGAUACGCAUGCAAAUCGUCAAGUGAAACUUUGCCCCAUUGUGGCCACCACACGUGCUGACCUCGACUAUUUCACGUCUUGAAAUAUUAAAU